CCUUAAAGGUCUGUGUCUGUUACUGGUGGUUGUAAUAACUGUUUACGCCAUUCGGAUAAACGCGGAACGGAGAAGCAAUGAUCUUGAUCAUGACCUGCUAAGACAACUACUUGAGCGGAUGGAUGAAAAGGAUGAGGUCUUAAACAUGCUUAAAAAAGAAUGGACGAAAAGACACGGAAAUUCAUGGAUUACAACAAACUCUUAAACAACAUGAGGAAAACAUAAACAAUCUAAACAAAGUCGUGGGACAUAUGCAGCGUGUAAAUAAGCAACUCAAGAAAUCGUUUUCGAAAUGUGCCAAAAAUGUAAAAUCGUUUCUCCAAGGUGGUCACACAUUAGAAGAAGUUAAUCAAUAUAAAACGGUUUUGAGUUUAUCAAAAACAAACAUCAUCAAAGACAGUUUCAAUGACGUGGAUCCACAAUUUAACAGGUCAAUAUCUGAAGACAUCGGAAUGGUGAAAAGAUUUCUACUUACAUUUCCAAAUAAACAUGAAACAAUCGGACCAAAUGUUCGGCAACAAUCUGGGAGACGUCAAAUUAAAACUGAUUUGGUUACGUUCUUUGCUACGCUGAAUAAACCAGUCACGAACCUUGGUGUUGAACAAAACGUGCUGUUCGAUAAUGUCAUAACUUACAUCGGCUCGGCAUAUAAUCAGCAUGUUGGAGCAUUGUUUGCACCCGUUUCCGGUGAGUAUAUCUUGAUGUCAACCAUGAUGUCAUUGGACGGACAUUUCAACGGAUUUCGAUUGGUUCGCAAUGGAAUUCUUAUAUGUAACUUUUUGGCUGCCGGUGGUGACGGCCAUGCCGAUACAACUUCUGGUAGCUCUGUACUUUACCUAGACAAGGGCGACGUGAUAGCCAUGCAAAACAUGUAUCCUUCAGAGAACGUCCAAGGGAUUCAUUAUUCCUUCUUCUCUGGAUUUCUUUUGAAAGAAAUAGAUAUUUCUAUUGCGGGUUAAGUUUGUGUCAGCAUUAAAAUGUAACCGAAUACAGCCCGUAUGGUGACACGUGGUAUGUCGCCCCCACUGUUAAUAAAGUGAAGAACACGU